GCUGCACAGCACUAAUGACUUCACAUGCAUUUAAUCAGCUUGGGCUUCCAGAGCCUCCUCCUCGGGAGCAGGAAAGGUCGUGCACCCCGGGUGCAAAUGCUCCCAAAGCCGCACCCCCCCCCUUACCAAUCAUUAAUCACCACCGGGCCGGCAACAGGAGCGAGCGGCAAGCAAGCAGGAAAAGGCCAAGUCUCCGCAGCCCCCGCGGGAGCAGCGGGAAGCAGUGCUGGCCGGCUCCCUGUGGAGGCAGCUCCUUCUCUGACUACCCUCCCCGGGGAGGCCCCGGUGGAGGUGGCCAGUCCUGCACGCACUGCCCUUUCCUUCAGGAAGGUCAUUUGGUCCUGGGUGCGGGAGGCUCUGCCUGCGGCUGGGAGCUGCUGGGCUACGCGCGAGGCGGGAGCUCUGAAGAGGAGCUUCUGCCUGGUCGUCACCACGGUCUUCAUCUCUUCGCCAUGCGGCACAAGGCAUUUUGGAGUGCCCUGGAGUACACCUGCCGAUUGCUGGGCAUCUCCACCGCAGCAGUGCUGAUCGGUGUGGGCGUAGAAACUCUGCAGCGAGGACAGUUCAAAAGCCUGGCUUUCUAUCUGCUAGAGAAGAUAUGGCUGUUUGUUGCUGUGACAUAUUUGUUUCAGGGAAUUACUUAUUCAGAAGAACUCAGAAGAAUGAGGAAAGCUGUGGAUCCCAAAGCAUUUAUGAAUAUUCUAAGUUGCUCAAAUGAGCUCACUACUUACAAAGGGUACCCCCGUGAAGAGUAUGAAGUGACAACAGAAGAUGGUUAUAUCAUUACCAUUAACAGAAUACCUUAUGGCACACAGAAUCAGGGAAACCCAGCUUUGAAACCUGCUGUAUUUCUCCAACAUGGAUUAUUGGGAGAUGCUAGUAACUGGGUCACAAACCUGCCCAACAACAGCUUGGGCUUCAUACUAGCUGAUGCUGGCUUUGAUGUUUGGAUGGGAAAUAGCAGAGGGAAUCGUUGGUCCAGAAAACAUCAGAAUUAUUCCAUUGAUCAAGAUGAAUUCUGGGCUUUCAGUUUUGAUGAGAUGGCAAAGUUGAAUCUUCCAGCAGCAAUAAAUUUCAUUGUGGAGAAAACAGGACAGGAAAAGUUGUACUAUAUUGGCUAUUCACAAGGUACUACCAUCGCUUUCAUUGCAUUUUAAACAAUGCCAGAGCUGGGUCAGAAAAUCAAACUCUAUUUUACAUUGGCACCUGUCACUACUAUUAAGUAUGCUAGAAGCCCAGCAACAAAACUCCUCUACCUUCCCGAAAAGUUGCUCAGGGGUUUGCUUGGCAAAAGAGAAUUCCUUCCCCAAACUGAAUGUCUAAGAAGGCUAAUAGUCCCCAUCUGCAGCCACCGAGCUUUUGCCAGGCUUUGUAGAAGUGUCUUCUUCAGUCUGAGUGGCUGUAACCUGAAAAACAUUGACAUGAACCAAAUCAAUGUGUAUAUUGCACAAACCCCCACUGGAACUUCCGUGCAGAACAUAGUCCACUGGAGUCAGGAGGCCCAUUCAGGGAAGUUACAACCUUAUGACUGGGGCAGUUCAAAGAAGAACAUGGGAAAAUACCAACAGGCUACUCCUCCUCUCUACAACAUAGAAGAGAUGACUGUACCAACUGCGGUAUGGACUGGGGGACAAGACUUGCUCGCAGAUCCCAAGGAUGCAGCCAUUUCACUGUCUCAGAUUAAGAGGGUCAUCUAUCGCAAGAGGAUUCCUGAAUGGGCACAUCUGGAUUUCAUCUGGGGAGUGGAUGCACCUUUGCACAUGUACAACGUAAUUAUUGAUCUGAUGCAUAAGUAUCCUUAA